CCCUUCCUGCUGCAUCACAACAGCCGUCAGUAGCUCGAGUAGCACUAGUGACCGGGGGGGACAGGAUAUCCACUGCUUUAUUCAUUGAUAAAACAACUCUAUUGGCGUUGCAGCACUCAACAACAUCCUAACACGGGGGUAACGGACAGGAACUGGUUGCAGUGCGAUCGCCCCGCUCCAGCUGUUGGGAUAUGGCCAGGCCGGAACAGGUUCUGCUCUUGGAGCCUCAGCACGAACUGAAAUUCAGAGGUCCAUUCUCAGACGUGGUCACCACAAAUCUCAAGCUCUCCAACCCAACAGACAGGAAUGUGUGUUUUAAGGUUAAGACGACAGCGCCGCGCCGGUACUGUGUGCGGCCAAACAGUGGAAUCAUCGAUGCAGGCACCUCAAUCAAUGUCUCAGUUAUGCUGCAGCCUUUCGACUAUGACCCAAAUGAGAAGAGCAAACACAAGUUCAUGGUCCAGUCCGUGCUAGCACCUCCUGACAUGACCGAUAUGGAGGGAGUGUGGAAGGAGGCCAAAGCAGAUGAGCUGAUGGACUCCAAAUUGAGGUGUGUUUUUGACAUGCCAGUGGAGAACGAGAAAACGCAUGACAUGGAGUCCAACAAGAUGAUGUCGUCCAGCUUGCUGAAGUCAGACUCCUCCACGCUGCCUCCAAAGUCACUGAGCUCCACCCUCGAUGAUGGGGAGGUAAAGAAGAUCAUGGAGGAGUGUAAGAGGCUGCAAAUGGAGGCUCAGAGGCUACGGGAAGAAAACAAACAGAUCAGGGAGGACGAUGGUCUGCGGAUGCGGAAGAGCAACGUGAUGUCAUCUCAGCACUCCUCAAUUGGCAUGAAGAAAGACGAGGGCUUUAGCGCCCGCACAAUGGCCCUCAUCCUGCUCUUCUUCGUGGUGGGCGUCAUCGUUGGCAAGUUGGUCUUGUAGGUGGCAGCUCAAUUCGGUCGGCCGCAGCAUGCUUUCAGGGGGAUGAAAACAAACACGGGGUCUGGGAUUUUGGAUCAGAUAUGCCAUAUCCGCUGGGUGGGGGGUGAUACUAGUUUUGAUUCAGUCUCAUUUAUGUAAAAAAAAAACAACAACAAAAAAACAAAGGUAAUGUAUGAGAAAAUAAAGAAGAAAAAACGAUAUGAACAAACCUACUGUUACAGGUCUUGCCUCUACGUAAUCAUCACAUAAUCAUUCAGGCCCUCUUUCCCAGAGUUUCAUGUAUAUAGAUGACUGGUUCUAUGGGGGAGGGGGAAAUGGAAACAUGAUUUAAUGCUCGUGAUCCAGACCAAUUUUCUAACACCGGCAAGGUGGUGUUGGUGCGACUGAGUCAGUUUGCAGUUGUGUGAAUGUCAUUUUAGUGUAUUGUUGUUU